UUUGACCAGAAUCUCUUGUUUCGCUACAGUCCUUGUCCUGUCUGCGGCCACCUUCAUACUCCCUCUUCGUUUUUCUCCGAACACUACGAUCUCUUUCGUGCUGCGAGAGGCGACGUGUGCUGCACUGCAAGGAGGACUGGUUGCGGCGCUGGGAGGGACCGUGCGGCAAGCCAAGCAGCGCGCGCACACACACACCUUCACAUCGCGCCGUGCCGUGCAUCCAUCGCACUCCGCGCUGCUUUGUGUCGCGGUCCGAAUCAGCUGAGGUCUCACCUCUCACGCCCCCCUUCCACCUGUCUGCCUUCACAGGUGUAUCGAGAGGUGAACCGCCGAAAAGGAAGGCCGUCCGUGACUCCCACGUCACGGCUUGGGCAGGUAUCCAGGUGAUGAUUUGUAACUGACCAUCAAAAGUCCAUCCGAUGGAGGCGAUUAUCAAAAAAUGGUAUGUUAGCUGUGGUCUGGUUUUCUUGGUCCAGGUCUGUUUCAAUCUGGAAUAAAUAGUUUGGUUAUAAUCUUUAAAACAGAAACUUAGAGUCAAUGAUGAUGUAUAAUACUGAUCCACGCUUAUAAGUAAGGAAUUAGUUUUCCAAAUCGUCGCUGCGUCUGGAGAAAAAUCAUCAUUUGAGAAGAUUUUUGUGAACGACAAGAUGUGCAUGCAGUUUCUAUGAAAUGUGGUCAAGGAGAGACCUAGCCGUUGCUAUAGGAAACAUGACUGUGCGGACGUCCUGGUGCUGUAACAACGGAGUGUCAACGGUGCUGUAGGAAUGUGGUUGUGGUGGAUGUCGUUGGUGGCUGUAAGAAAUUAGUUAACUAAAAUAAUGAGUAUUGCUAGGGGAAGUGCUGCGGCAUAACUGUCAGUUGACAAGUGUCGGAUGUAGAGACAGAUCGCUGGAAUCCAGAAGAAACGGAGAGGUAUUCAAGGGACCCGAACUGCCGCCUGCAAAACUCUGUGCAACGACGACCUCUCCCAGUGAACUGAGCGCAUCUAUAUGCCAAUCGAACUGUCGACUGUACCUGGGUGGCAGGCGCAAAAAAACAGAGACGAUAGACUGCGUCAUUGGAGCCAAGUGUCUGACGUCCUGGUAUAAAGCCACCCGUACCCCUCCCCCACCUCUUAUCGUUGCUCGCGAGCACCUGACGAACGAAACGGAAGGCGUCAGCUCGGGGGUCCUUGACGUUCCGGCAUAAAGCAAGAAGACGCCAGCCCAUCAUUAUAAACAAGUGCUGACCUCUCCAGUAGACUUCGAGGAGUGUACACACGGAUGCCACAGGUGUCUAUCAUUUUGAAUUUAAAAAAAUUACCUGGUGCGUCCUUGUAACUGCUGUGUGUGUCAUGGCCACAAGUCGGCCAUUGUACAAGCCAGAUACUUGAAAAUGCGUUUUGUGAAAGGUAAUGUGAUCUUGCUCAGACGCAGGUAAGCUUCAAGUCUGGCGACAGCUGCUCUGGCUGGCCUCUUCAUCUACGGAUUACUUACUGUUCAUUACCGAAUCAAGAAAAGGAGGAUUUUCGAAAUUUCUUUAUUUCUUCACCAGUCUGAAACAGUGUUAAGAUUAUUUAUUACCUUUUUUCAUUCCCGAAUCCCUUUCACUCUCCUCUCCCCUCCCCCCGCUCAGUCACCUGGGAUGCUGGAUACGAGUGAUGCUAGACGUGCGGCAACGAUGUGUGACUAGCGUAAUGCCGCCGGUGCGUUGGGCAGCGCGUGCGCGCGUGUCCGAGACGUGUGCGUGAGUGCGCACGGCAAUGGACGAUGCUGUGGUGGUGGGUGCUGUUACUGCUGCAUGUUCUGCUGCAACACUGGAGCCCGCGUGCCGUGCGGGCCGUUGGCAGAGUCAAGAGAACCAUCAUCGGUCGCUACCCGGUGUGCCCCCGCGGUUGCACGAGCUGCUCGCCCGUCAAUGGCUGCGUCACGUGCGAGAGCCGCUACUUCAUGUUCCUGUACCGCCAGAACAUGCGCCAGGUCGGCAUCUGCACGCCCUCCUGUCCCCUUGGUUACUACGGCGUGCGCCAUCAGUACUACAGCACGUGCAACAGAUGUCACAUCGACAACUGCCAAGCUUGUUUCAGCCGCCACUAUUGCACGAGGUGUCAGGAACCAUUCCUGGCUUUCCAAGGCCAGUGUCUGGAACACUGUCCUGAAGGCCUGUACUAUGCUAACUACUCAAAGAACUGUCAGGAAAGCGUCAACUGCAUGACUGGACCGUGGUCAGAAUGGUCAGAAUGCUCUCGUGACGGGCGGACUUGCGGCUCACGAGGGAGAGGCACACAGACGAAGACACGACAAAUUCUGCAGCUGCCCUCCCCCAACGGUCAGGCAUGCCCCAACAUCAGUCUCUCGCAGCCCUGCCGGGUAGCCAGACGCUGCAACGACGAUGAGGACUGCGAGCGUCGUAACCGACAACGAAAUCGCCUGCGCAAGCGAAAGCGGAAGAAGACACGCAAGCGAAAACGAGGCCGAAAGAAAUGGAAUAGACGCAGAAACAAGACGAGAAAGAACAGACGAGGAGGUCGACGAAGAGACAACAGUAAACGCAAAACGAAGAAGCGGGGACAGCGAGGCUGUAGGGACCGACCGUGCAGGUCGAGUAAAAAGAGACACAAGGGGUGUCCACCCAGGAGGCGUGCAAAGGUUAGGCGUGUACCCGUGGACAUGUAAACAGCACUUGCCUCUCUUUGUGGCUGCUGCAGCAUCUCAAUGUCUAAGUGCUCUUCACAACCAGAGCAUCACUUGUCAGUGAAUCCGUUUGUGGACGACCAGGUGUGCUCCACGCGAAACAAGGGACACUGCUAUUAAGAGUCUCAAAGACCAUUGAAAAGAUGUGUUUCUAUGAAUGCAGCGUGAAGUAUUAUGGGUAAUGACAUUAUUGUGGAAUAUUUCAUUGUUGGUUAGCUUUCAUUGUUGGUUUUUUUUAAAGAGAAGAUAAUCGAAAUCUUGGAAAUACUUCAUACGGCGAACUCUCAUGCACGAAGCACACACCCCUUUAGCUUUUUUAACAAUUACUUACUACCUAAUGUAUUAAAAUGCUAACAGUCGGUAUAUUUCUCACCUUUCUAAUCCAACAGAAAGGGGAAAAUUUUUGCUAAAAGAAAUCAUUGCUUAUUUACACCAUCGGGAUUUUUUAAAAUGGCUUUUAUUUCAAAGAACUAGAGGGGUGUGCUGCUUUAUAUAUAUUUGUACACCCACGCACUCGCUCACCUCUCUCUCUCACGAAGACACAUGCUCUUACACAUACAAGGAACAAAGUUUCAAGCUAUUUACUCUCUGAACUUUCACAGUCUUUGUAUUUGCUCGCUAGGCACAGUUGAAACCGGAAGUGCUUCCUCACAGCCAAGAUGAGAGAUUUGCAAUGGCUGUAAGAACGUGAUAAGAAGGAAGAGCACUUCAUAUUUCAUAUUCUGGGGUAAAAUUACGGGAGGAGUCUGGUGGUGACACGACGUUCACUGGUGAAGCUUUAAUGGUGAGCAAACCGUUUCCUCCUGUCAGUUUGAUCAUCCGACAUGCAGCCACUUCAGCAGACAGACGCUUGUGCCGUGGCUCCAAGUGCUGACAACGGUGUAAAAGAGAAAUAAAGAGACUUUUAUUCUGAACUACGAAUAUUCGUCUCAGUUGUAAGUUCUUCGAACUUUCCAAAAACCAGGCAUCUUAGAGCUCGAAAAGAGCAAAAAUACUCGGGCUGGAGUUAAGGUUCAGAUGGAUUCAAACCACUUAAACUACCCUUUGAUUGUCAGUUUGCUUGUAUCUAAUUGCACUUGAAUGAGCUGUGUUUUCAGUAUGUGAUGAGGCAACUGCAGUGAAUGUGAUCAAGUCGCAAUUGGAAAGUUUUGGAGAGAAAAAAAGACCAGGAAUUUGUAUUUUCCAUUCUGGAUGAAAUGGACAUCACUGUAGAAAGAUGCUGCAAGCUUGGAAGACCAAGUCUUAGGGAUUUGACAUUUUCCCCAAAUAUUUGUACAGCAUGUUUUUUUGUUCGGAAGCACUUGCAUGAUUUAGUGGGAGAUAUAAAUUGCGGGAUGUAAACAUUUGUAAUAAAUAAACCAGCAAAGAUGUGUCAUGAAUAAACCUGCAGUAAACAAACCAGCAUAUAGUUGUAUAAAUAAGCCAAAACUACAAAAAGUUUGCUCCCACUUUCUUCUUGUUUUGCUUUUCUUUCUUCUUGGAUAACGCAACGGUUAUUGCCUGUCAGUAAGGAUUAGAUGUCGUGGGUUCAGAUCUCGUUGUGGGCAGGCCGUUCUUUCUGUGAAUAUGCCUCCUGUCUACAGGUCCGGCUGCUUUGCCAUGAUAGUCGCUAGAUCCCAUCCCCUUCUGGUUCUGUGUCUUACUGCUAUCGUCUUUGCUGCUUAAAAAAAAUAAAUUAGUGAAAAUUAAUAUUUUUAAACUGUAUAUUAUGUUACUUAUAAUGAGAUUGCAGGGUCUUCGAAACACGUGUGCCUUUCACAUGGAUACAGAUACAAAACUUUAAAACAAUAAAUAGGCGAACAUUUUCCAAGUCUGAUACAAUGGAACACAAUGCAUCAUGAAAUAAUAGCUUUUUAAUGCUUACAGUUAUUACUUGAUCUGAAAUUUUCAUAGUUUAGUAGUAAACAUGUGAUUUGUUGUGUACAAUUUGUACUUUGAUGAAAAAAGAAAAAAAUGUGCUGAUUUUUUAUUUUUAUUUUAAAUCACAUUCUAUCAAUGCUACAACUACAGCAUCACUGAAACAACCACUAGAUAAAUGCAUAAAAAUAACUUUGGAUAUUUCUGUUACAAUCCCGUCAUUCAACACAUUUGCUAAUCAAAUACAUAAGCACACAUAACAAAUAUUGAUGUGAUGGAAGGAAGAAAACGCAGAUUCUCAGCUGUGUACAAGCUGUAUAAAAAUUAUCUAUUGAAACAUUCUGUUCUGGCAUGAUGUCUAAACCUCACUUCUUGGCAUGGAUUUCAAAGGAAGUUCUGCCUGGGAAGGAAUUAACCUCUAUAGAAAGGGCAGUGGCUAGAGAAUCUGUUGUGUCCUUCCUCUUCCGCCUUCUCGUCUGUCUAUUCUCUCCCUUCUCAACUCCUCCUGCUACUUCCUUUAACAGCAAGCUUUGAACUGAUGCCAACAUGUGGGCCUUAACAUCCAGUUGGCAAAUAUCCUCAUGAUGUGUUCUUCACACUGAUUAGUUCUGAGCAACUGAGUCGUGGGGGAAGGAAGAACAAGUAUUGCUACCUGGCAGAAGCUUGGUCUUUGUCAAUGAAAACAAAGUGUUAGAUGUGGCAUGUACAUCAUACUGAAAGAAGCCAAAAUGGCUGACUGUUGACACAAUUUUAUUCUGUGCCACACUGAUUGAUCAAAGACUCGGUGACUGUUCGACCCUCUGUAUAUUAUCAGUCAGUCGGAUAUAUUAUCAGCCUGCUUUCUUGCUGCUCGUUAGUGUUCUAUGUUAGCUGAGAGACAUCAUCGACAAGUGUUAACUUGAAUAAAAAUGUCAACCCGAUAUAACUGUCUAUUGCUAAUUUCGUAGUCUUUGUGGAUAAGGAAACAAUUAUAAUUCAUGGAUGUUUAGUAUUUUUUAAGUUUUUAAGUUUUUAAUGUACAUUGGUUACGCAUUAAAGCUGAUGCGUCGGCAAAUAUUCACUUGUCCUGGAGUUUGAUAAAAUGACUGGAUACAACUUGUUAUUUUGAACAAUAAAGGCAAUUUGCUUGAUAAAUCUUGAAUUACACGUUGUAGGGUCUGGCAAAUAAUGUCACUCUUGUGUGAAUGGUGUCACGUGUCAAUAGUAAGAAUGUUGCCAGCUGCUGCUUGCAGGAAGCAAGGUG